AUGGUUCGUAUGAAUGUACCUGCCAUGAGGGCUAUGAAGGAAACGGCAAAAAUUGUACAGAUGUCAAUAAGUGCGAAGACAAUCCUUGCCAUGUGAAUGCAAAUUGCACCACUGUUAAUGGAUGGUAUGAAUGUAUUUGUCACGAAGGAUAUGAAGGCAAUGGCACCAGCUGUACAGAUGGUUCGUAUGAAUGUACCUGCCAUGAGGGCUAUGAAGGAAACGGCAAAAAUUGUACAGAUGUCAAUAAGUGCGAAGACAAUCCUUGCCAUGUGAAUGCAAAUUGCACCACUGUUAAUGGAUGGUAUGAAUGUAUUUGUCACGAAGGAUAUGAAGGCAAUGGCACCAGCUGUACAGAUGGUUCGUAUGAAUGUACCUGCCAUGAGGGCUAUGAAGGAAACGGCAAAAAUUGUACAGAUGUCAAUAAGUGCGAAGACAAUCCUUGCCAUGUGAAUGCAAAUUGCACCACUGUUAAUGGAUGGUAUGAAUGUAUUUGUCACGAGGAUAUGAAGGCAAUGGCACCAGCUGUACAGAUGGUUCGUAUGAAUGUACCUGCCAUGAGGGCUAUGAAGGAAACGGCAAAAAUUGUACAGUUUCCCAUAAGAAAAAAGAAAGAAUCUUUUCCUGAUAAAAGCCAAAAUAAUAAUUUUAACUGUCUUAAAGAUGUCAAUAAGUGCGAAGACAAUCCUUGCCAUGUGAAUGCAAAUUGCACCACUGUUAAUGGAUGGUAUGAAUGUAUUUGUCACGAGGAUAUGAAGGCAAUGGCACCAGCUGUACAGUCUUUAAAAAGGUACCAAGUAAAACACGAAAAAAAUAUAAGUGAAGGUCGAAAAAAAAAGAAAUGUGAUGGUUCGUAUGAAUGUACCUGCCAUGAGGGCUAUGAAGGAAACGGCAAAAAUUGUACAGAUGUCAAUAAAUGCGAAGACAAUCCUUGCCAUGUGAAUGCAAAUUGCACCAAUGUUAAUGGAUGGUAUGAAUGUAUUUGUCACGAAGGAUAUGAAGGCAAUGGCACCAGCUGUACAGAUACCAAUGAAUGCGAAACAAAUCCUUGUGAUGAAAAUGCAAAUUGUACAAAUGUAGAUGGUUCAUAUGAAUGUACCUGCCAUGAGCGCUAUGAAGGAAACGGCAAAAAUUGUACAGAUGUCAAUAAGUGCGAAGACAAUCCUUGCCAUGUGAAUGCAAAUUGCACCACUGUUAAUGGAUGGUAUGAAUGUAUUUGUCACGAGGGAUAUGAAGGCAAUGGCACCAGUUGUACAGAUGGUUCAUAUGAAUGUACCUGCCAUGAGGGCUAUGAAGGAAACGGCAAAAAUUGUACAGGUAGAGCUUAG